GUUUAUAGAUAUCAUUUGCUUAUUGGACAGUAAACUGAACUCUGUUAUCUCAAAAGUGAUUACUUUCUGUGCAUGUAUAUACGCCAAACCAACCAUAAUCCAAACAAAGCCUUAUCUUCAUUCUUCUUCAGUUUCAAACUGGCAUGGCUUCCACAGUGUUCACAUAUCCUUCUCUUCAGCUUCACAUCCACUCACAAAAAGCAUCAAAUCCAUCAGAGUUUUCCAUCCACAGCCAACCCAGAAAGCAGUUUUCCAUUAGAUGCACAUCUCUGGAAUCCAGUCCUCCUGAGGAUGAUUUUCUAACCCCGGACCCUUCCUUCAGCACAGUGAACAGUGAAGAGUCUUUUCCCAUUGAGAAGAGAAGGAGGUCAGAGAUAGUGAGGGAGAGAAGGGGAAAGAAACUUGUGCAGCCUGAGCCUCCAAACUUUGAAAUUGGAUGGAAGAGGACAAAAGAGAUAAAGCAAGAGGUGCCAGUUGGGUAUGUCAUAGCUGACUUCUUGGAGAAGCUAGAGACCCUCAUGGGGAAGCAGUUUGGAUCAACAGAACUGCUGGUAAAGGUGGGAGAAAUUGUGGCUGAGAGGGCAAGAGAAGAGGCUGAGGUUCUGAUGGAUGAAGGGAAAGUAGAGGAAAGAAUGGUGACAGAACUGUUCAGAGUGUUGAAGCUGAUGGAGAUGGAUUUGGCUAUGGUUAAGGCUGCUGUCAAGGAGGAAACAUUGGAAGAAAGGCUUGAGCAGGCCAAGGCAAGGUGCAGGCAAGCCAUACUUGUUGCUUAUUCCUUUUGAACUCUUUCAUGGGGAUUCUGUCACAUUAGAGAUACACAGUGUUACAGUGCUGAACAACUUCAAACAAAUCAUAUAUAUUUCUUUUCUUUGAUUC